UUCUUCUAAGAUCAAUAUCUAUUUAAUAUUUUAACGAGAAAUUAUUUAUAAUUUUUAUAGUACAUUACUUUCAAUUACGUAUUAUAUCUUUGAAAAACAUACAUGUUUUUUCUACAUAAUUGGCAAUGUGUCUACUUAGAGUACGUUUACGUUUAAUCGAAAUAAAUGAUUUUUCUUAAUUUUUUUAAAAAAUAUGGAUAUUAAUUUUAUCGGGAUAACAAAUCAUGAAAUUAUAAACACGAGUUUAUCAAUCCUUUCAAGAGAAUACCAGAUAUUAGUGAAUGUUAUAAUGUAUGUAUGUUUUCCAAAAAGAGUCACGUGUGUAAAAACGUAAAAGAAAUAGUUCUUCAAAAAUGUCACGGUGGGGUAACUUGAAAUUAUAUCUCACCAUGAGAAGUCCUAAACAUACGGAAAUAAUAUUAAGUUAUUUGAAGCUUGGAAAAGAUGGUAGAAUCAGGGAUACAUUCUGUCAGUAUGGUAGAGGUUAUGGACAGUUUUGUUAUAUCUUAGAAAAGCAGGCUUAUCCAUUAUGUAAAUUGAUAGAUACAUUCUUUACAACAUGUAGUCCGAUAAUUUUUAAAUAUAUAAAUGGUCCACUCAGAAUAAGAAAGAAUGAUACCAAUCAAAGCCGUUAUAAAAAUCUAGGAUUGAUAUUAGGCGGUAUUGGUCUUCUCACAGCUUUGUGUGAUUCUCCAGAUUAUACUAGAGAAAAGCGUUUCUUUCGUGCAGCACAAUACGGUAAUAUACCGGAACUUAAAAGAGCAUUGUCAGAUGGUAUUGAUGUGAAUGAGAGGCAUCCACUGGGUUGGACCGCUUUACAGGCAGCAGCAAUAAAUGGAAAAGGCGAUGCAGUUAAAUUUUUGAUAGAAAAAGGUGCUGACCUAAAUGCAGGGGAUAAUUUUAUUAAUGUUUAUAAAACUGCUAUGCAAAAAGGUUUACAUACAAUAGAAGUACUUCAGAAAAGAUCAGAUGAAUUCUUUGAUGGAUUAAACAGUAGAGCUUCAUUUCAUGGUUUCACAGCAUUGCAUUAUGCUGUUCUAGCUAAUUCUAAAAGUUGUGUAAAAGCAUUACUAGAUGCAGGAGCAGAUCCUACUGUUGAAAAUGAUGCAGGACAUCGACCAGUAGAAUACACGAAAGAAGGAGAAAUUAAAGAUAUGCUUAUCAAAUAUGCAUUAAUGUUUGAUGAAAUUUUGAAAGAAAAAGAAGCAGAAGAGCGGCGUAGAUUUCCAUUGGAACAACGUCUUAAACAGCACAUUGUUGGACAGGAAGGACCAGUUUCUAUUGUUGCAUCUACUAUUAGGAGAAAAGAAAAUGGUUGGAUAGAUGAGGAACAUCCAUUGGUAUUCUUAUUUCUUGGUUCAUCUGGAAUUGGAAAAACUGAGUUAGCUAAACAAUUAGCAGCAUACAUUCAUAAAAAUAAAUCAGAUGGCUUUAUUCGCUUAGAUAUGUCCGAGUAUCAAGAGAAACACGAAGUUGCUAAAUUAAUUGGUGCACCACCAGGAUAUGUAGGACAUGAAAGUGGUGGCCAAUUAACAAAGUUAUUAAAAAAAUGUCCUAAUGCUGUUGUAUUAUUUGAUGAAGUUGAUAAAGCACAUCCUGAUGUCUUAACAGUACUAUUACAACUAUUUGACGAGGGAAGAUUAACCGACGGUAAAGGAAAAACGAUUGAAUGUAAGAACGCAAUUUUUAUAAUGACAUCAAAUUUAGCAAGCGAAGAAAUCGCAGAAUAUGCUAUGCAGCUUCGCGAAGAAGCAAAUCGUUUGUUAUCGCAAAGACUCGAUAAAAAUUCGAACGAAGAUCAAGAACCAGAACAUAUUGAGAUAUCUCGUAAUUUUAAAGAUCAAGUGGUGCGUCCGAUAUUGAAAGCAUAUUUUCGAAGAGACGAAUUUUUAGGUAGAAUAAAUGAAAUUGUUUACUUCUUACCAUUCUCCAGAGCAGAAUUAUUAAAAUUAGUAGCUCGAGAAUUAGAUGCAUGGGCUGUACGUGCACGUGAAAGGCACAUGAUCGAAUUAAAAUGGGAGAGAGAUGUGUUAUCAGUUUUAGCCGAUGGAUAUGAUUCUCAUUAUGGUGCACGUUCGAUUAAGUAUGAAGUUGAAAGACGUGUAGUCAAUCAAUUAGCUGCUGCUCAUGAACGAGGACAAAUUGCAAAGGGAUGUUGUGUAUUACUUAAAGCAAAAUGGCAUGAAAAUGGAGCAAGUAUAUGUCUUUCCGUUCGUCCAAAAGGAGUAAAAGAUUUUGUGGAUAUUGCUGAAACCGAUAAUUUAGUAAAAAAUGUCAAUUCUUUGAUCUAAGUUAAAAUUAUUUCAGUUUAUAAUAGAUAGACCAUAAAUAAUGAUACAUUUUUUCAUAAUACUGUAACUAGUCAUUUAAUUUCGAGCUAAGAUAAAAAUGUAUAUAUAUAAUUUCAAAGAUUUUUCUCUAUAACGUUUCUCGUGCUUUUAAUGCCAUGACGUUUGCCACAUAUAGUACAUAUUUCAUUAAUUUAAGUAGAACAUAAUAUAUUAUCAAUUUUUUCUUUCUAUACACACGGCUUUUUAUAAAUUAAUUAGUAUGAUAUAUAUGGGCUCGAGUAUUAUUUGAAGUGACGAGUUAGGAUUUUUUGCUUAAUAUACAUGAUAUCCAAGAAAACAAAUUGAUUGUUGCGUAUAUUAUUAUUAUCAUCACUUUAAUAAAAAAUAAUUCUCUGUAUUUCUUCUCUUUAAAAAGAUUUCUUUUUUUUUUAAUUUAGAUAUCUGCAAAAAAAUGCACGAAUACAUCAACGAUUUACCAUGUAAAUAAUAUAUUCUUUAUUCCGAAUAAAAUCACGAUAAGGAUACAUUACAAGAAAAAUAUAGAUUACACAUUACAUGUAAGAUACAUUACUGUACGUACCAAGAUGAUAGAUAUUAUUCGUAAGAAAUCCACAAAACCAGUUGUGGAGAACGUUUUUCUCUUUCUCCCCUCUGUUCUUUUUUUCAAUCAUUUUUAUUUAAUUUACGAUUACAAUAUAGAAGAAGUUGAAACGUGAUUCUUUUUUUUAUGUUUAUCAUUUUUUUUAUAUUUGACAAUCGAUAGAAUAAAAAGCAGUUCCAUUUGAUAGAAUAUUCUCGACAUAUACAAUUAACAUGCUGACGGUAUUUCACUAUACAGUGCAAGGCAAAUUCAGGUCCGACCAACAGGGUGUCUAUCGAUUUAUAAAUUACUAACACUUUCUUCUAUUUUUCUUUGCAAAAUUCCUGUAAAGGAUAUCAAGUAUAAUAUAUUUAUAAAGGAACAAUACUUAAUUAUCGAAAGUGAAGUGAGAUUCUUCUUUUUUUCUUUCUUUAUAAGAUUAUUAUUUUUUCUUUUUCACGUAAACGUGAUCGUUUGUAAAAAUGUGUGUAUAUAUACGUAACAUAAAAUUAUUAAAGAGUUUAGAGAUAGAGAGUAGCUCGGUAGACACCCGGGAUGAUUGUUCAUACGGCGGUAAACAUAUAUAUAUCUCAAGUAUAUGUAUAUGCACGCAUUUAUGUGCGUGUAUAUAUGUAUAUACGUGUAAAUUUAAUACAAACAGUAUACCUCUCGCUGUAUGUGUACGUAGAACAAUAGAAAUACUGUGUAAAGAUAAGUUUAAGCGUACGAUUCGGACCGAUUAUUUUUCGACAAUAAAGCGUCUCUCCAUUUUU